AUGGCUCGGAAACGUGUCUUCUCAGCGCACUCUUCCUAUCCUCUCUCCGUCGCUUCCAGCGAACCUGCUCGCAUUCAUACGCUCCCGUUCGUUCGGCCCGCCGUUGAAACCGAGUCCGUCGGCGUCUUGUCGCCGCCUCAGUCCCCGCCGAGACCGUCGCCGAGUCUGCGUCGAUUGAGAGUGGCCUCGUCUCCACAGACGCCUCCCCGACGGAGGCCACCGACACCGGGACUGAUCUUGCCAAACCCCAGCCCGGCAACCAGUUUUGCGCCGUCGGUCUGCGCCACCUCCACCCCGCAUCUUCUCACGCAACACCGCGCACCAACGCGCCUCCCCAGCCCCCCAAGCCUCGCAUGUCUGCCUUGCCGACGGUCGCCCCCUGCGACGGUAUAG